AUGACUAAGAAAACGGAAAAACCGAAAAACUACAAACAAAAGCUACGUCUCAACGAAAACUACAAGGCGGAUCAAACCAAAGACAAGAUAGGCACACAACAACGCCCACCGGAGAAACCAAGACAGAGAAACACUGAUUCCUCACAAAAGUUCGGAAAUUCAUGUUGUUGCCGCAGUUCCAAGGAACUCGAGUCCUCAUCGUCGUUGCCACGAGCAACCGCAACCCCAAGGCCAGUCCUCAAAACCUCAAAGGAAGAGUCACCUAUAGCUUCUCCGAAGACUAACACAAAAACGCCCCCACCUCAACGCAUCACAGUACAACCGGCGGCACGAGAGCAUCUACGGACAGUCAGAGAAGCCGCUUCCGACCACCAAUCUCGAGCUUUUGACUAUGAGAAACAUCUCACAGAAGCACCAUGGACGCCAAAUGCAAGGUCGCCGCCUCUAUCCUCCACCGUGAUUCCCCAGGAGCAGAAUGGAGCCAAUCCCCCACCAGAUGGUCCAGAUCGUUGCCCCACAAUGAGCCACCGCCAAAACGCAACCGAGAGACAAACAAAGCUCCAACCUAAACACACAUCGCGAGGAGAAGAGGGUCACCCGGAAAGAUUUGAAGGGAAACGAGACGGCGCCAAUUUGGUCGAAUUUGAUUGGAUUAAUUUGAUUUUAUUUAGUUAUUGUGUUUGUUUGUUGACACUAUAUAUGAUGUUUGCAAUUUAA